CCUUUUCAUUUCCACUUCCAAAUCCCAUUAAUGCUCGGCAUCGUUGAGCUAGCAGCUCCUACGCAAUUUUUUUUCUUCUCUUUGAUACGGCAUGCUACAGCCAACAAUGAAUAGAUAAAACGGAAAGCAAAGUGGGAACAUCAAAACUCAUUUGAAUUGGUAAAAAAUGACAGUAGGAAUCAUUUCUUGGAUACUCUCUGUAGCGAUUCUACACCAAAUUGGGUCUCCAAAGCCAGUGGCUGCAGUCUGUCAACUCAGUUUUGUUGACGGGCAGAAGCUUUUCAACUUCAGUUUAACGUCUCCUCUCACGAAAUUCCCUCAUGGUGUAAUCAGCGAAGAUGGGUUUUAUAAGGUGGCAGUAAAUGAAUCCGUGCUUUGGUUUCAGCUAUGCAAUGGAAUGGUUUUUAAUCACGAUCAGCCUAGAUGUGUCGGCUGCCUGGAUUGUGGGGGGCCAUCACGUUGUGGCAUGAAAUGUAGUGCACUUGUGGCAAACAACAUAGAAGGUUAUGAUGUAUGCACUACUAUUGGACACUUCUCAAGUACUGUCACUGGCAUCAUUGAUGAGCAGAAUCCUCAAAAGGGUGUCAUUGUUAAGAUGUCAAAUAAUGUGAAGACGUCCUCUGGCUCUGAGAAUUGUUCGCUCUCUGUAUCUGUCAUUUGCAAUUCAAAUGGUGCUCAAGGGCCACAUUCACUGAAGAAAUUAGGGGUCUGCGAUUAUUCUGCAGUACUGCAACAUCCUUCUGGUUGUGCCGUAGUUGUAUCUGUUCAUGGGAAAGGAUGGGGCUGGUUUGGCACCUUGUUAAUCAUUAUCUUAUGCCUUUUUGGAGGGUAUAUGUUGGUUGGUGCAGUUUAUCGAUACUUCUUCCUUGGGAUUCGUGGGUUAGAUAUAAUUCCAAACUUGGAUUUUUGGGCCAGAUUGCCUCAGAGAAUACAGAGUUAUUGUGCGGCUCUGGUGCGGAAAUUUAGAGGGCCAACAGAAGGUUAUCGGAGUUCAUAUUCUCCGGUCAAUUUUUAGCUAUUACAAUUCAGUUUCACAUUUAGUAGUAGAUCAGUUGAGACGUCUGGAGUGCCAAUGAUUGAUGAUGGUCUAUGGUGGCCAUCUCACUGAAGUAGACUUCAAAACUCCUUUGCAGAAAUGCUCUACCCUUUUGUUGACGUGUAUGCUAGUGCCACCAUAUCCCAUUUUUAUUUCUUCCCCAUGAUUUCUUUCUUCAGCUAUAUUCAUUUGAUUGUAAUCUCUCUAGUGGCUACGCAUAUGUUCUAUUUCUGCUCUAUUGACAUUUUUUUAGCUGUCAGGCGAGUUUUUGAAUGUACAUUAUCUUUUAUUACUGUUUCUUUGUCACAUUCACAUGCACACAUUGUGGCAUCUGCCUUAACUUCAGUUAUACCGUUGAAAUUUUCA